AGUAAAAAAUUUGGAAAUUUUUAUUUGCAUAUUUACACCUUCAACCUUGAGGUAGCUUCAAAAUGCUUGAGUUAUUGUAGAAAUCGGAGAAUGUCAGUUGGUACUGGGUUUUGACGAAACCAGCAUCAUGAAACUGGGCUUUAUAAUUUUGACAUAUAUUUCCGUGUCUCUAACUCACGCAAGGCCACAACAUUCCGUCUCACAAGAGCGAUUAGCUCGUGUGUCUAAGGAAGCCUUUACUCAUUUUGGCCCUUUUAAAGAUUACAAAAGUUUCGGCAUACCUUCAAUCAAAGGUUUCUUCGAUGAACCCGACAAUAAGCAUCCUCAUAAGUUCAAUUCAACUAAUGACGGGUCAGGAAAUUAUUAUUUCGGCUUUAGUUCGUUUGGUCUAAAACGUUAUGAAAUAGGCGAAUUGAAAAAUGUGGGCACCGAUGAUGAAAUUCAGACUGUAAGAGGACAAUACCAGGAGAGAUAUGUGAAUGAGGACGGAGUUCAUGUCGUUCGAACAAUUGGUUACGUGGCCGACGAAAAUGGCUAUCGACCUUUUCUGAUAUCUAUAAGUUUUGUGUUAUCCACAGCAGUACCUGAUUCGAAAAAAGGGAUCUCUUCUGCUGCGUUGGGUAGUUUGAUCGGAGGGAACGCUUUAGGAUAGAAGCUUGUUUUGUGAACAGAAUGAGCAAAAACAAUAAAAAGUUUGAACGACA